AUGGACGUCCGCGUGCGCCUCGUGUUCGCAGACGCUGUGAAGCACCACGUCCAACGUCGCUGCGGGUUUUCUUCGUGCUGGUACCUGCUCCCUGCUGACAUGAAGAUCGUGGGCGACUUGGCGCACGCCUUGUUGCGGGAGUUCGGGCUUCAGAAGCGCUGUCCACAGGGUCUGGAGUUGAUAUUAGAAGAGCUGCCGGUGCUGGCGUCGCAGAGUAUCCGGAUUGUUCGGGACAAUGACACGAUUGUGGUCCAGAGUCCCGUAUUACUAAUGAGAGAGGAAGAGGAAGGAGAAGAGGUUCCGGAUAGUGAGACGUCGAGUUCGGAGGGUGAGAAAGCGGAGAAUCAGAAGCUGCUGAAGCGAAAAGCGCUUGGGAAGACGGACAGAGAGCCGAGGUUGAAGAAGUUCAAGGUGGUGGAAAGUGCAGUGAAGGGGAGGAAGAAGCGACAGGGCGUGGAGAAGGAGAGUUGUGGGAAGCGUGUGGUUGAGAAGCGACGGGUAGUGGAGGAGAAAAGCAGCAGCGAGAGCUCCAGCUCCAGCUCCAGCUCGAGUAGUAGCUCAAGCAGCUCUUGUUCGAGUGAGAGCAGCAGCAGCAGUGAGUCCGAGGACACACCUAUGGCUCGAUGCGACUCAAAAGACUGCGAGGAAGUCGGUGGCGUUGGCAAAACAAGUGCUAGUACACCUGGACUGAAUGGAAAAGCACCACGUCGAAGACGACGUCGAUUGAGACAGCGGGGUGGCAGACAAAAAAGUGGGGCCAAGGAGGAUGGUAUCGCAGACAGCUCUGCGGACGUUGCGACAUUGUCAGGUAACACUUCGCUGCGACGGGAUCAAGUAGCAAACCCCUCAAAGCAAUUGAAACAAGCUGUAUGUACAGCGGCACAAAGCGACAAUAGCGUUGCUGACGUCAGAGGCUAUCCUCGUGCCAAAGCGCACAUUCUUUUUGAUGAAGUAACCGGAGAUCAAGUUGAAGUCAAGCGUGAUGAGGUACGGUGCGAUGUUAGGGACAGUCGAUGGAGUAAUCGAAAGGCCCAGACACCUGAGCUGGCAAAGUACGGUCCUCCGUCUUCGAAUAGCUUGCCUCCGAGGGCUGCAUGCGGCAAUCAGGAUAAAGCAUCUCGUCCCUCCGUCAGCUUGGGCAAUGGAAGUCAAGACGCCUCGAAAGGAGCAGGAAAAAGCAAAUAUGAAGAAAGGUGGAAGCGGCCGUACAAGGUUGUCGCGACUGUGCUUGACAAGAGAUCGGAACAGUCAAGCAUGAACGACUCGUUGACUGCGUUAUUGAACUCAUACCCGACCGCCGCUGCGGCUUCAUUUUGCUUUGUUCCGACGGACGUCAUUGCUUAUAAGACGCUUACGCUUUGCGUUGAUACGUGGCAGCCUGUACUGAGCGAAUGGCGAUGCGGCCAGGUGCAGUCGAUGGAUGUGCAAGGUACUGCAGUCGAAAUGUCGACCCGGACUCUUGCCAUCACUGACGGCUCUAUAGUCUUCCAUGAAGCUAUACAUACUGAACAACAGAGCGUGCAAGCCAGCGAGAUCAAUGACUUGCGGUUUUUGAGUGGGCCCAGCUACUCCUCAUUGCGGAAUGCCGAUGACGAACAAAAUGCAAGCAAGACAACCGGUGGCACCGAGCAAGUCGUGCCUCAAAAAUGA